GUAGCGCACUGUGAUCGCGCUAAUAUUUCCUUGAACGAAGCAAUUCGGUUAUCUGCUCAACUCGUACUGGAAGAUCAUCAAAUUAUAAAAGUGCAAGCCGCUGAACUAGUAGAAGAUGUCGAUGAUGUUGAAUUAGAAUAUCUUUCAUCUUCGUUGCUACUCGAAGCAUUUCGUGAUAUACCACUGAUACAAGUGAAUGUCACUCUAUUAACAUCAUCAAAUCGUUUCAAGCCAGAAGACUUACCGCAAAACUUCUCAAUCAAAAAUUUUGAAAAAUCAUCUUUAGAUGACAAAACUUUAAUUAUUGCUGGAUUCAAUCUUUUGACCAAACAACAUACAUCGUUACAGCGACUGUUGCCAUUUUUAGGAAAGGGUGGUUAUCUGUUGACGCGUGAGAAGUGCGACUUAACUGAUUAUAAAAAACAUAUGGAGCAGUACGAAUUAAACGUUAUACUUGAAAAACGCACUGAUAAAGAAUUAAUUGUGCUUCUA